GAAAAUAUUAGUAUAUUUUCGUUAUUAAUAACCUAUUAUAAGUUUGUGUUUUUAUUUUAGAUUUAAAAAUUUAUUUUAAGAUAGUUUUUAAAAUAUUCUUGAACACUCGUAAUUGCCGUAUCAAUAUUAUGUAUAAAAUGACAUUAUACAUGAAAAAAUGAUAUUCAAAUAUGUAUAUGAUAUAUGGUGUAAGAUAUAUGAUUUUGGUUUGUAUUGAAAAUCUGUAUAAUAUCCAAAUGAUCUAUUUUGAAUUUGAUACGUAUAUUUAAGAAAAUAAUAUUUUCACGUUUCUUAAUUUAUUUAUAGUUCAUAAUAUAUUUAUACUUAUAUUAAAUAUAAAGUUAGUAUAUCUUUUAAAUAUAUAUAUAAGCCCAUUAUUUAUAGAUUCAUUUAGGUGCAUUUGUAGGUCCAAAACCAAAAGACUUAAAUGCCAUUAUUGAAUUUUAUUAAUCCAUUGUAAAAAUAAGGAUAUUUUUGAGAAAACUACAAUUUUUAUUAAGGGUAUAAUUUGGGAAUGAUCCCCUUUUAAUAGUAUUGAUCUUAAUCGAAUGCGAAAAACAUGUCUCGAACCCGAUUAAAAACCCAAAGGCCCUAGUCUAAUUGUUGUUAUAAGUUUUAUAGAGUUUGGAGUUGUAACUUGGUUUUAUGAAAUACACACAACACAAAUGAGCAUAUUUGUGUAGAAGGUAAAUUCAAAAGGAAAUAAAAUACUGAAGCAGAAAGAAAAAGCAAUUAUUUGCCGAAAAGAAAAUGAGAAGAGAGAAGAACAAGUCUCUGGUUCCACUACCCGACAAAGCCUUGUCUUCCAUAUAAUGGACUUUUGCACUCUGGUCAAAAAAAUCCCCAAAAACCCUUCUCCAAUUUCAUCUCUCUUCCUCCAAAAAGAUUCUCUCUUUCUUCCUCAGAAACUGAUUCACAAAUCUCUUCUCGUUUUUCCGUUUCAAAUGGCGCCGGUGACGGAGCAUCAGGGGUCGUUCCUAAGUCGAAUAAGCCGUCGCAAUCAAAUCGUUUCCAUGGACGUCAACCACGACCAAGAACUCAAAGAACUCGAAGAUUUCCAGAAACACGUCGCUCAGCGCUUCACGGAGUUACUAUCUCCGUCAGGAGAAUCCGACCCGAUUCUCUCGAUCCAGUGGCUACGGAAGCUUCUCGAUGCUUUCAUGUCUUGCGAAUCGGGGUUUCAAUCGGUGCUAACCGCGAACCCGGCUCAGAUCUCUAAACCGCUCGUACCGGAGACGCUCGACCGGAUCGUUAAGGCCCUUGAUAUCUGUACAGCUGUAGUUAACGGCGCUGACUCAGUCAGACAAAGCCAGCGUCUCGCUGAGAUCGCCGUUACGGCGUUGAAACAGCAGCCGUUAAGUGACGGAAGCGUUAGGAGAGCUAAACGGGCUCUCACAAGCCUCCUAGCCGCCUUAAACGCCGAUAAGAACAGCGGUGGAAGCGGUAGGAGGGCGACGACGACGGAGCAGUCGUCGUCGUUUGGCCGGGGCAGCGGCGGAGGAGGAUGCGUGAGCAAGAACUGGUCAGCCUCGAAGCAGAUUCAAGCAAUGGCGGCGAAUCUUGCGCUUCCACGUGGCGGAGAAGCGUCUCCGAUGUUUAUAAUGAGUAGUGUCAUGGUAAUGGUGAUGUGGACGCUAGUUGCGGCGGUUCCUUGUCAGGCAAGCAACGGUUUGACGGUUCAUUUGCCGUUGCCGAGGCAUCAGGUCUGGGCUAGCGCGGCGGCGAGCAUCCAGGAGAGGAUCGGGGAAGAGCUGAAACGCAAGGAGAAGCGCUGUGGUGGUGGUGGAGGGUUGAUGGAGGAGAUGCAGAGGAUGGAGAGGGUUGGGUUGAAGCUGAUGGAGUUCGCUGAUGGGUUUAGGUUUGAUGGAGAGGAGGAAGUGAAGGCGGAAGUGGAGGAGAUGGAGGAGAUUUGCCGGAAAAUGGAAGAUGGGCUUGACGGUUUACAGAGACAAGUUAGACAAGUGUUUCAUAGGUUGGUGAAAAGCAGAAGUGAGAUUCUUGAAGCUAUUGAUCAUUGUAAUAUCUAGAUCCCUAGAGUAAAAAGAAGAUAGGGUGCGAUUGUGAUUUAUUAAAUGAUCAAUCUUUUUUAUGUAUAUAAUCUCCUCUACAAUUGGUAUUAGCUAUAGCCAUGUUGAUUGAUGUUCAUUCGUUCGUUCUAGAAUCCUGCGACUGGUCACAGCGACCAAUUGGUUUCAGAUAUGGCCAUGUUCUUUUGUUGUUUGUAGUGAGACUAAAAAACUCUGUUGUGAGACUACACAGUUUGAUUUUUCUU